GAUCAGUGACCCACUUUCCAGUUUAAAGAUUUUCCAUAGCAGAAAAGAGUUAAUCAUGAUGAAAAGUGGGUAUAUUGAUGGUUCGAAGUUCAAAUCUUCUUCAGACAGGAGUGAGCUGGACGAGGAAAGAUCAGAUGGUGAUCGAAGUAAGAAUAAAAACAGUGCAAGCAGCUCGAGCAACAGCAUAGUUGAGGAGACUGAUCAGAAGAUGUCCAGCUCUAUUGGGGUGCGGCCAUAUGUUCGAUCCAAGGUGCCGAGGCUACGAUGGAAUCCUGAUCUUCAUCGUUGUUUUGUCCAGGCUGUUGAGAGGCUUGGGGGUCAAGAGAGAGCAACUCCUAAACUGGUUUUGCAAGUAAUGAACAUCAAAGGCUUAAGCAUUGCACAUGUCAAGAGUCAUUUGCAGAUGUAUCGGAGCAAGAAGAUUGAUGAUCAAGGUCAAGUUAUAACCAGCAGCAGACAUGUUAUGGGAAGUGCAGACCGCCUUUGGCAACAGUACUCCAAGCUUCGAGGUAUUGAUCAAAGGGUUAGCCACAAAUUCAGAUCAUAUGGUGACCUUUGUGGGAAUGGUCAAGGGAGCUGCGUAUCCAUGCCUUAUUUGACUCACGACCGCAUAAAUUUGACUGAUCAUAGCAUGAAUAUUAAAACGAGAGGCAGCCACCUUCAUGAUUCAGAAGCUGGAAGCUGGAAUUCUGGUGGUAUCGAUUUGAAGAUAAGAAAUGGAUCUCUCUACUUGAAUAACAACAUUGGCUUUAACAACAUUGGCUUCGGGGAACAAAGUAUUAAGAGACUACAGGAGUUCAAAGAAAAAUUUCCAUGGCCGUUCAAUCACACAUCCAUCAAAACCCAGACAAGCUCAUCCCCCAUAGAGAUAGACGACUCCUCUUUAAGUACAGAAUUGCAUGGAAGAUCAGGACAGGAGAAAACGAAAUAUUUUAUAGACUCAAAUACAGCAGUACUGAAUCAAACAAAGUGGGUAGUUGGGGAAGAGCAGGCCACUGCAGGGAAAAGAAAAGGUUUCCACGACGACAUCGAUCUGAGUCUAUCACUGAGUAUAAGAUCGAGACACGAGGGAGCUAAUAAGAGAAUAUGUUGGUAA